AUGGACUCGACUCUUAGCCGAAGUGGCAGUCGGAUCAAGAAGCUGUGCGACAGUCAGCUUGUUUCACCUGACGUAAUUUCCAAGGCCUUCUGCACCGCUGUUCGAAGCAAUCAACCACAGAAUGUGGCGAUACUCGCGAAUUGCUUGUUGGUGGAGACGUAUGUACCUCGUCAUUUUAAGGACUCUGCGCUGGUGUUUGCUGCAAAACAUGGGCAACUGCAAGCGGUUGAGACACUGAACAAAAACGAACAGGGAGAGUGGUCGCUCAGCGUACUGCAGGAAGCGCUGGAGGUCGCGAGAAACAACCCCGUCAGAAACUACAUUCGCACCAUUACCUGCAACCAACUCUUCAAUCGACGUGCCUCAGGACGCCUCGAAGCGGUGAUGAAGUGCUUGGCGGGUUGGAACGAAGAAUCGAAGUCCAAGUAG